AUGUCAUACGGACUCUUAAAAGGAAAAGUCGUAGCUGUGACAGGUUGCUCAACGGGUAUUGGAAGAGCCAUUGCUAUCGGUGCUGCCAGAAACGGUGCGAAUGUCAUCCUCCAUCACUUGGGGGACUCGACGAGAAAAGAUAUAGAAGGUGUAGAAGCGGAAUGCUCAAAAUUCGGUGCCAAGACUGUGAUUGUUCCUGGUGAUAUAGCUUUGGAGUCUACUGCAACAGCUAUCGUCGAAGCGGGAGUCUCAGCAUUUUCAAGGAUCGACGUCCUAGUUUCCAAUGCUGGUAUAUGUCCAUUCCACACUUUCCUUGACCUCCCUCACGAUCUCUGGAAGAGAGUUCAAGAUGUCAAUUUGAAUGGAGCUUUUUACGCUGUUCAAGCUGUUGCCAAUCAAAUGGCCAAACAGGAACCUAAAGGGGGUGCGAUAGUAGCUAUAAGUAGUAUCUCAGCCUUGAUGGGUGGAGGUGAACAAUGUCAUUAUACACCCACUAAAGCGGGUAUAAAGAGUUUGAUGGAAAGUUGUGCGAUUGCCUUGGGACCGUUGGGAAUAAGGUGUAACUCUGUUCUUCCAGGAACAAUCGAAACAGAUAUCAACCGAGAAGACCUUUCCAACCCUGAGAAACGAGCAGACCAAGUACGACGUGCUCCCUUAGGUAGAUUGGGAGAACCUGAGGAUCUCGUCGGACCAGCUCUUUUCUUCGCUAGUGAUUUGAGUAAAUACUGUACAGGUGCUAGUGUUCUGGUAGAUGGUGGAAUGGCUAUUUCCCUUCAAUAG